CCUGGCUCGGAUCCGCCACUCGGGCGCUGUCCUCGCCGGGGGGUGCCGGAUCACCAUCUCCCGGUCCAGCUAACUCCCAGGAGGCGGCUCGGUGCCCCUGACCCCGGCCCUGCCUCGCCUGUCUGCCGCUCUGGCCGACCCUAGCCGAGCCCGAACAUGGCAGGGAACCUGAAGAAAGGCGGGGGGCUCAUCGGCAUGAUGAAGGAUGCCUUCCAGCCACACCACCACCACCUCCACUCCCAUCACCAGCCCGGGGCCGUGGACAAAAAGACGGUGGAGAAAUGCUGGAAACUGAUGGACAAGGUGGUGCGUCUUUGCCAAAACCCCAAAUUGGCCCUGAAGAACAGCCCCCCUUACAUCCUGGACCUGCUGCCAGACACCUACCAGCACCUGCGCACCAUUUUGUCCCGCUAUGAAGGCAAAAUGGAAACUCUGGGGGACAACGAGUACUUCCGGGUCUUCAUGGAGAACCUAACCAAGAAAACCAAGCAGACCAUCAGCUUGUUCAAGGAGGGCAAAGAGCGCAUGUACGAAGAGAAUUCGCAACCCAGGCGUAACCUCACCAAGCUGUCGUUGAUCUUCAGCCACAUGCUGGCUGAGCUGAAGGCCAUCUUCCCCAAUGGUCUGUUUCAGGGUGACAACUUCCGCAUCACUAAGGCGGAUGCUGCAGAGUUCUGGAGGCGCUCCUUUGGAGACAAGACUAUCGUGCCUUGGAAGGUGUUCCGUCAGUCUCUCCACGAGUUUCAUCCCAUCAGCUCCGGACUGGAGGCCAUGGCCCUCAAGUCCACCAUUGACCUCACCUGCAACGACUACAUCUCUGUCUUUGAGUUUGACAUAUUCACCAGGCUAUUCCAGCCUUGGUCGUCCCUGCUGCGGAACUGGAACAGCUUGGCAGUUACUCACCCGGGGUACAUGGCCUUCCUCACCUACGAUGAGGUCAAAGCACGGCUACAGAAGUUCAUUCACAAGCCUGGCAGUUACAUCUUCCGACUGAGUUGCACACGGCUGGGCCAGUGGGCCAUCGGCUACGUGACAGCGGAUGGAAACAUACUCCAGACCAUUCCCCACAAUAAACCCCUCUUCCAAGCCCUCAUAGAUGGCUUCAGGGAAGGAUUCUAUUUAUUCCCUGACGGCCGGACGCAGAACCCUGACCUGACAGGACUAUGUGAGCCUUCACCUCAAGACCACAUCAAAGUCACACAGGAGCAAUACGAGCUGUACUGUGAGAUGGGCUCCACUUUCCAGCUGUGUAAGAUCUGCGCUGAGAAUGACAAGGAUGUGAAGAUUGAGCCCUGUGGUCAUCUCAUGUGUACCUCCUGUCUCACUGCUUGGCAGGAGUCCGAGGGUCAGGGAACGGGAUGUCCGUUCUGUCGCUGUGAGAUUAAGGGUACAGAACCCAUCGUCGUGGAUCCCUUUGACCCCAAGGACAACAGUGGGGGUUCCUGCAGGGGCAUGUUCGGGGCUGAGGGUGCUCCAUCACCCAGCUAUGACGAUGAUGAUGACGACAGACUUGAAGACCCCCACCUCAUGAUGAGCAAACUUGCCUGUACAAAGGUGGAGCGUCCCCCAUCACCCAUGUCCAUGGCUCCUCAGUCCUCUCUUCCUCCUGUGCCGCCCAGACUAGACCUGCUACCACACAGACCUUCCAACCCCCCUGGUGCCUCCAGCCCCGGAGUCAGCACUAAGGCAGCAUCUCAUCACAAAGACAAGCCUCUCCCCCUCCCCCCAGCGUUGAGGGAUCUCCCCCCUCCUCCUCCUCCAGACCGUCCCCACACAGCCGGGACGGGUCCCGAUGGACGGCUGCAAAGGCGGCCCUUACCCUGCACUCCCGGGGAGCCCCCUCGAGAUAAACUGCCUCCAGCACCCCCAAACCGGCCAAUGGCUGACUGGAACUCCCGGCCUGUUCCCAAGGCCCCCACCUCAUCUUCCUCAUCCUCCUCUUCAUCUUCCUCAUCCACUCAAGUGUCCAGUCUGGGUGGGGACAUUCGGGCAGGUGUCAGGGAACUCUCCAACCGACACUCCCUCCCCUUGGCGCUGCCCUCGGCUCUGGACACACGCUUGGACUCGCACAAGAACAACAGCUCCCUCAGUCUGGACCAUCAGCUGAAUUUUGCUGCAGUAGCUAGUCAAGAUUAUGACAACCCCAAAGUCAAGCCCUCAGCCUCAGCCAACGCCAUCUAUUCACUGGCAAGCAGACCAUCUUCAGCUUUGAGGUCAGUGACAGGAGAGGAGGCACGUGACAGUGAGGAGGAGUCAGAGUACAUGGUCCCCUCCUCUCGCCCUGUCCUGCCGCCCAUCACAGCGCCACCUGUAGGAGAGUCCCCACCAAUCCUGAGGCCCUCACAGCCUCAGUCUCUAUCAGCACUCCAGACACAGGCCCAAGCCUCCACACUCACCUCAAGGAUGGCACUGGCUGAACUAGAGGAUGGACCUCAAAUGUAUGAAGCCAUGUACAACAUACAACAACAGACCAGGUCACAUCAAGCCAGAGAUUCAGACUAUUCAGAGUUGCCCCCUCUGUCAAUGACCAACGGUCCCAGAGACCACCCAGCAGAGGACAGGGAAGAAGAGGAAAAUGGCUACGACUUCCCGAAACCCCGACUGCCAAUGCCCCCCGCGCGACGGACCCUUUCAGAACUGGGAGGGUCUUCUUCCUCAUCUUCAUCAUCAUCAAGCUCAUCCUCCACAGCCGCUUUCAGCCGCCUUUCUUUAGAUUCGGACGCUGGAGCUGCAGCAUCUUUCUCAGAGCCGGGGGAAGCACCAGAGAGACCCCCAAAGCCUCUGCCCAGACGAAUCAACUCGGAGCGUCGGCCCAGCCCUGUCCCGCCCGUCCCUGCCCUUCCCAGCAGCGGAGCAACAGGAGGAGAAGCCAACCCUCAAAUAAGUAGUGAGAUCGAGCACCUCAUGAGUCAGGGAUACUCUUACCAGGACAUCCAGAAAGCACUGAUGAUUGCACAGAACAAUAUUGAAAUGGCUAAAAAUAUCCUGCGCGAGUUUGUCUCUAUUCCCUCCACUGCGCAUAUCCUUACAUAGCACACUUCCUGCGCCCUCUUUCAUGUUUGCUCUCUCGCCCUUGCUUGGCCCAGCCUGGUCGGGUUAAGGUUGGCACAGCCCAGCCCAAAGCCCAUCGCCUGCAGCACUACCUCCGGUGCUGGCUGACGCCCUACGCCCCUGUGGAUUUUUUAACUGGCUGUUACUCCAGCGAGCUCACAGCAUCUCUGGGACUCUGCGCCCUGCACUCCAUGCGCUUUCAACAGUGUCUGGCCUUCUUUUAAACUGCUCCAGCAGGCCUCUUCCUUUUCAAGAACAUCUCCACGGGACUGACUGAACGCGUGUGGAACAAUGACAGGACGCCGCAUGGUGUAAGACUUUCGUAGGAAUCCUGGGAAGACAGAUUCUUAUCUUUCAUUUUGAAGCCUCUUGCUGAAAAUGUAACCAACACCUCACAAAUAAAACUAAAAAUGUAUGUCUAUAUGAAAAUUUAAUAUAUGAGUAAAUGUAUAUUAAAUGUGUGUAAUAUAUACAGUACGUGCAUAUACAGUAUGUGAAAAUGAUUUCAGCUUUGAGGGUCGCUGUUGGUACAAGCGAUAUGGGUAGACAGGGACCAGAUUCUGUCGGACUGAGGCAUGUGAGUGUGGAGAAGUAUCUGUGAGGAAGAGGAAGGAGUCAGGGGAGUCUUCCUCACCAGGAUCUUUCAGUCAGCAGCAGCUUAGAAGACAUGCAGCGGAGCUUUUUCAUUACGAAUUCAGUCUGUUAUGGCCUUUGAUUAACAACAUUUCUUUGGUACUUUUUUUUUUUUUUUUUAUUUUAGAGAAACAUGCUUGUUUUGUCGUGUUGUAUUUUUCAAAGUAGCAUGACGAUGGUUUCAGGUCUGGACUGUUAUCUGGCAGAGUGUGCGUGUGUGUGUGCGGGCGUGUGUGUGUGACCUGCUCUUAAAUGAACCCCUGUUCCUGUACAACAUGAAUGUGGAAUUACAGUCAGUAUACUCAGACUACUGCUCUAACUCAUGGCGGGGCCUAGUGUAGCUGUUGAGCCUGGCAGUGAGAUAAUUAGAGGACGUACUAAUGUUGACGACCCUGCAGUACCAGACAGGCUAGUGUUCUGUGAUCCGUGGCGGCUGAAACGUUUUCGUUUUGUCUUGGUCAUUGGCUGGCUGGUUCAGGUUUCUGUCUCCAGCUCAGUCCAGUGUUAUGAAACAACAACAACAAAAAAAAAAUUGUCAUUGAUUUACUUUGGUAAUAUAUUAUUGUAAUAUGAUCAUAAAUAUUGUUAUUAUAAUUAAUUCAGAAGUGCUUCACUGCUGCUACUAUUGUUAGUGCUAAACAAUUAAGCCUUAAAUGUAUAUUUGUGAAUAUUGUGUUUAACCGUGUUCUUUAAAGUGACAGUAUCACCCGUGUUUCUCCAGUCCGUAAUGUAGCAUACUUGAAAGUACAAGCGGCUUGUGAGCCUGCAGCCCUCUCAAGCUGUCGACUCUUCAGUGUUUAAAACCUUUUUUCUCCUCUCUGAUUCUCUGCAGGUCGACUCUAUAAUAAAGCAAACAAAAUGCAUUUUGUCAUAGAUUCAGGCUUCACUUUGACAUCCGCUUCCUUCCUCCUCGGGCAAUCGCCCCACUGAAAAGGAGUGAUUGCUGAGGCUUUAAAAAAAAAAAAAAAAAAAAAAAAAAGUAGGCUCAUGGGUUUGCUGGCCCACCCCCAAGUCUACAUUAAAAUCAGUAUUUGGGCCAACUGUAAGAACUAACUCAGGAAUAAUGUUUAUCUUAACAAGUGGCGUUCACCCUGGCUGUCCAAAACCGGAGAAGACUCUUUAUUGGCAUAGACAGCAGUUCACCUGCCGUCUGCUCAUCCAGGUGACAUGUAGCCUAAAGUAUCCGCUUAAUGAAGUCACACCAGUAGCCUAUUACUUUUUUGUCACAUUAUAACUUGCACAUUUUACAUUUUAUUUCCUUUGUUUGCAGGACUAGAGACAGCAGCUUCAUUUCCAGGUACUAUGAAUGAACAGAUAAAUAAAUGCAAGGAGCUUUUAGGUACAUUGACCAGAACCUCUCCCAGCAUAUGAAGAAUGUUUUUGUUUGUUUGUUUGUUUUUUUUUGGGGGAGGGUGUGAGUCAUGUCAAUAGCUAAUUAGCUUUAGCUUAUACUGGGUAAUGCUGUCUGUUGACUGGACGCUAUCUCCACGCUGUCUGGCCAUCCUCUAGUUCUUUUUUUUUUUCUGUUCCUAGUUGCCUUGAGAAACUUCUUGAAUGAUGGGUAAUGGACAGGGGACGUCCCCAAUCCUCAUUACUGUACCAAUGUUUUGUUAAUGUUUCGAGGACAGCACGUCAUUGUUGUGUAUUAUUUACCUUUAUUUGUUUUUCACACAGUAUACCAAUUUGUGCUUUGAUACUGUCACUCUAAAGGAAAGCAAAUUGUAUAGUUAGUGAUAUAAAAGAAAAAAAAGGCUGUUUUUGUUUUAUUUUGCAUUCCUGUACAUGUAUUUUGUUCCAAAGGUUUUGUUUACUUAUGUGAAUAAUUCUGUGAGCAGUGCCAUAUGUUUAGAGAUCUUCACCAUGUUUAGAAUAAGGCCUUUGUUUUUUGAAGAGAGUGUGUAAGGUAUCAAUCGUGUACCUGUUGAUCUCUGAAGGCAAGAUUGUGCAGUAUUGCUUGUAUUAGUCUGUCCUCUCUGCCUUGUCAGCCGUGUCAGCUUCAUCUAUAAGUACGAGCACUGAUCUGUGAAAGGCCUCAGCUUCCUUUCGUUCCAUCUUUCUUUACUUGAAAGAUGAACCAAAUCUCAGAUCAGUGCUCAGUCUCGGAGGUGCCUGAAGCGCACCAGCCCUGUUACCCCUGCCUCCGUGUCAGGGGUACUUCAACUUUCUGCCAGAAGAGGGAGCCAUUGUUCCAUGUAGCUGUGUUGCUUCUCAUCAGUAAAAGGCAUUCAUUAACUUUUUGAUGGUUUUUAAAGCUCAUAUCACUUUGGAAGUAUGCACAGUGCUGUUAAUAAAAUGAUAAGUAAAAGCCA